AUGAGUCACUCGUCUUCCACCCAUUCAUACUCUCAUGGAAGCAGCUCCAAGCCCAAGUCCAAGGGCAAAGGGAAGGACAAGUCGGACAGGAAGGGGAGUUCGAGCAGAGACAAAACCAAGUCGACAUCCAACAGGGACCCGUAUGCAACGUCUCUCAGCAAGAGUUCGGGCGUGACGAGGUACAUUGAGGAGCCGGUCCAUGACGGCGCUUGGAACCCCAUGGCGGCUUCCGGCGCGAACCGAUCGUGA